GUUUCCAUCUCAAUAAAUAAAUAAGCUCAAAACCAAAAUCGAGUGCAACAAUUGCUCUAGAUUAAAAAUGGCUAAGACUAUUGUUCUUGGAUACUGGGAUGUCAGAGGAAACACCCAGCCAGCCCGUCUUAUCUUGGAGCAUGUUGGAGCUCAGUAUGAAGACAGGAGAAUAUUGAUGUCGAGACCAGAUUGGAUGAAGUAUAAACAAACUUUAGGAUACGAUUUCCCAAACCUACCCUUUUAUCAGGAUGAAGAUGUAAAAAUAACUCAGAGCAUGGCGAUUAUUCAACACUUGGGUUGUAAGUUUGGUUUGGACGGAUCAACUUUGAAGGAUAAGGCCGAUGUUGAUCUUUUAUUGUACACAGCUGUCGAUUUAAGAGAGGCCAUUGUUGGAUUGUGCUACAGGCCGAACGUAUCUCCAUCUAUGAUUCGGCGAUGGGCUGAAGGAGGUCCAGAGAAAAGUGCAGUACAUGCAGUACAGGCAGUACAGGCAGUACAGAGAAAAAGUGUACUACAUGACAUCCCUUGGGAUUCAAUUAGUAUAGAGAAAAGGUUUACUCCACUACAAAGAAAACUAGGCGGAAAUGUUUGGUUUGUCAACAAUGAGAUUACUAUUGCUGAUUUCUUGAUUUGGGAGGUUCUAGAUAUAUACAGGCUUCUGUUCCCUGGGUGUUUAGAAAAGCUGCCUGGAUUAUCUAGUUUUCAUGCCAGGUUUGCUCAGAUCAAAGGGGUCAAACAGUACAUCGAGUCCCCAAGGUAUAAACCCUUUCCGAUCUGGAAAAGUGAGGCCUCCUACGGACACUUUGAACCCAAUUUCAUAUCGAAUUAAUUGUAUUUUACGUUUUAUACAGAUUUGAUUUGAUUUGAUUUGAUUUGAUUUGAUUUGAAGUUUUAUUUGUAGUUUCGGACUGAUGGUAGUAUUUGUAAAUAUAAGAUAAUACUGUAAUAUUUUAGCUGAAGUAAUAAAUAUAAAUCUGAAAAAAA